UCGUCGGGUGAGCGGGGUGCGACGUAAACGCGGAUCGGACUAUGGCGGAAGGGCUAAUUCUCAUUCCCAUAAAAGGGUCGACUUGAUUAUAGUGCAGAUAAGUGUGGUCCCAGGUCCUCAUGAGCCCGUCUCCAAUAACACACUAUGGAAGGAAAUAUUAAAUGAAUAAUAUGAAAACAUAAUCCAUUGUUAAAGUUUUGUUGAUUUUUAUCAGAACAAGAGAAUUCUUAUAUUUACAUUGAGAUAUUGUUGAAUUAUAUAUAGACAAUAAGCUCGUGCGACUAUCAAUUAAUAUUCCAAAGAAGUUAAAACCGCAAAAAUGGCUACGCAGAGAUUUUGUUUGAGGUGGAACAACCACCAGUCAAAUAUGCUUUCCGUGUUUGACCAACUAUUACACGCAGAAACCUUCACUGAUGUUACGCUUGCUGUUGAUGGCCAGUUGCUUAAAGCACACAAGAUGGUGCUGUCUGCUUGCAGUCCAUACUUUCAAGCUCUUUUUGUUAACCACCAGGAGAAACAUCCAAUUGUUAUACUCAAGGAUGUACCGUAUUCGGAUAUGAAGAGUUUAUUGGACUUUAUGUACCGCGGAGAAGUCAGUGUUGAUCAAGAACGACUGACAGCAUUCUUGAAAGUAGCUGAGAGCCUGAGGAUAAAGGGUCUCACCGAAGUUAACGAGGAGAAGUGUGAUAUUCCAGGACUCACUAACUCGUUGAUUCAACAGCAACAGACCAAUGUUACGGCACAUACGCCUCCGCCACAGCUGCACAGAAUACAUCCGUACAUGCAUCAGAAGAGGCCGGCAUCAGGAAUGCCGACUGGAGGGGCACCUCCUAAUCUCUUGAUGCCGUUGUUGGGAAAUGCAUUGAUGCAGCCAAAGAGAAAACGUGGUCGACCCAGAAAGCUCAGUGGAAGUUCAAGCGACGCUCUUAAUACUGCUGCAAGCCCGCCUGGCGAAUUUAUACCGGAAACAGCAUCACACCCAAAUAAUAACAGGGCUGGCGAUCAGUUGAUUAGGGGAUCACCUGAAAUGUUAGAAGUCAAAAUGUCAAUGGAUGGAUUUAAUCCUGAAGACGGUACAACAUCUGGUGGAGAAGAUGGUGGGGAGGCUCUGAUGAUUGAUGAAGGGGAUGACGCUCAAUCGAAUGAAGCUCCUACUUCUGGAAAAGAUUCAGCAGACACCGCGAAAGUACCAAAAGAUGAACCACAACCAAAUUUCCCAUCUAAUGGCCCGAUUCUUUCAAUCGAAAACGGAGCUAUAAAACAGGAACAAGCUACACAUGAGGGAAUGGACGAAUGCAACGAGCCUAUUGAAUACAAAUAUAACCCCGAUCGAAGCCGUGAAAAUUCAAAUUCACGAGACGGACCAUUGAAAGACACCGAUGACAAAAACAGACUAGGUCGUAACUUAAAGCCAAAGAAUAAUAAAAAGAUGCUUCCCCAAAUUUCUAAAUUUAGAGCUCGAACGUUAUUCAAUCAGUUAUCGGGCCUAUCUAACUUAAACCCGUUGAAUAGUUUCGAUAAAUUUCCUCGAGAAACUGUCCUUAUGCCAGCUCUUGCCACUCAGCUUUUUGCUGCCGAAUUGGAACAGAAUAAUCUAAACAUGGCGAACAGCGAAGUCGCAGACUUGUCGCAAACCAAUUGGGAACAUCGUAUAUUUCCUUCUCCGAUAAGGAAGAAUAACAUAGGCAGCGUGGGCAACUAUCAUGAGGAAAAUAAUGAAUCAGUUCGGGACUAUUGCAUUAAGGAAGGCGAAAAUGUAUUCCGAUGCAAAAUAUGCGCGAGGGUAUACACGCAUAUUAGUAAUUUCUGCCGACAUUAUGUUACAUCUCACAAGAAAGAUGUUAAGGUGUUUCCUUGUCCCAUCUGUUUCAAAGAAUUUACUCGCAAAGAUAACAUGAUUGCGCAUUUGAAAAUUAUACAUAAAAAUCAGCCAAAUGCCAACGAGCAAACGGCUAAACAAGAGUCUUAAUCGCUCUUAAAGACGUUAUACUUAAACAUACUCAAGUCACUUACACGACGACAGAAAAGAUCUGAUUUAUGUGUAAGCAUAUUAAAUAUAUCGAGUUAUUUGAUCGAGAUUGAUUGAGCGUUGGAGCUCUAAGUUUCACGAGGUUAUGAAUAAGUUGUUGAAGUUUUGGACGAAUUAUGUCGUCAGUUGUUAUAUUUAUCUAUUUAUUUACGUUGUUCCAUUUGUUUCCUAGAGUGCUGUACUUUAAAGAGAUUUAUGACAAAUUCUAUUAUUUACUUGUUGUUUUGCACUCAAUCGUUACUUAAUUUUAUUACUUACAAACUUCAGGGUACAAAGUAACUACUCAUCGUGAUCGUAUUCAAAGUAAUUUCGAAUACAUGCAAUUCUCACUGAACUGAAUUAGUAUAGUUUAGGAUUUAUUUUACGUGUAUACCAAUGGCGGAGCCUUUUUGUAAUUAAUAAACAAUAUAAGUAUUUAAUGAAACACUAGAGAGGCUAUGAUUGUUACAAAAAGGCUAAUUGCUGUUUGUAGGUGUGGAAAGCAUUUUACUUGCCGUAUUAGUGAUUUUAGUUCAUAAUUCAGUUUAGAUAUUCGAUAUAACUCAAUAUGGGCUAUGAUUUUAACAUGUAGUGUAUGGUUAAUAUAGUAAAUAGUUAAUUGAGGUCUAUGUUUGGUUGUAAAUGUAUUUAAGAGUAAUAUUUAUUAAAUAACAAAAGAAAAUCUCAUAACUCAAACAGCGUCCAGUCGUCGUUUGGGAGUUCCUUACUGUUGCAGCUGAUAUUUUUAUUGUGUUGACAUUUAUUUCAGGACAUGACAGCAUAUGUUAAAGACAAUACCUAUUGUAGUUUUAGAAGAUAUAAAAUAAAAGGGACGUAUAUAUUAUAUAUGUAAAUCCUCGAUUUAUCUACAAACGUGUAAUUGUUUUAAUAAUAUUAUAUUUGAUAUUGAAAAUUGUAAAUACUUGUUACAACGCACUGUUGUUAAAGUGAUGUGAGCAAGGUGCUUUGGCGAUGUUCGAAACAUUGGAAUCAUGAGAUGAUUAAUAUUUAUUUAAUUCGGAUUCCAAAUGCCUUAAUUAAUUAUUAAGGAUGUGUACUUAUUUGUUCGAAUUAUAUCUAGAUGCAGUUGUAGUCUUCCAUAGAGAUAGAAUUCUAUUUUCAAUUAAACUUAAAAGGGACUUCGAAAGUUUGUAGAAAUUCAUCGUUGAUCGCGACAAUACAUUCAUUGAAUUAAUUAUAAUAUAUAUUAAAUACAAACCAAAAUUCAAAGAUCUGUAAUUGCAUUCUGAAUUUUUAAAGAUUCUAGUAAUCAUGAAACAUUUGUAUGCCAAUAUCUGCCUAUUAUAAAUGUUGAAGGUGAUCCCUAGGUAGUAUUCUGGUAAGUCAUAGUUUCCGAGAAUCGCCAGGUACUUAAAAGAUAUGUAUGCAAAGUAUGCGCCUUAUUUUUCAAUUGUUUAGUUAGACAAUCAUGACAUUGCGAUUGUCUGCGGGGAAAGGAGUACGAUACAGCGGGGGUGGGAAGAGUAGUGCCGAUAUAAGCGAUCGUGUCUUAUUAUAUACGAGGUUUGAUAAAUAAUAUAUGUUGAAAGAAUUUGCAUUCUUCUCGGCGCGUGGCAAUAUAUCUUGAAGCAAAAAAAGAGCGUAGAGUAAAUAAUUAUGUAAUUUUGUUGAUAAAAUUAACGAUGUUGGUAUUUUCUUACUAGUUUUAUAAUAUUUAUGAUAUAAUAGGAUCUUACUUAACAUAUUUUUAUGGCAUACCAUUGCAAAAAUAAAAUUCGAUCCUCUUUCAACAAUAUCAGAGUUGUCAAGCAAUCAUUUCUGUACAGCUAAACAGCCUUUUUUUUUACCCGUCUCUCGUCACAUUAAACCAUGCCAGUGUCAAACGAAUUUGCUACUCAGUGAUAGCUGAACUUGUGGGACACACAAUGAUCGCUUUCCGAUGAUAUUUCUACAACUAGAUAAGUUAUAUAUAAGUCCGGCAUUUGUUUUCACCCCAAAGAUGAGUUUCAAAUAAUAUUUGUAGUAGGUUCAGGGAACGCUUGCCUAUUAGUGUGCCUUUAAAUGUUAUAUUAAUAAGUUAUUUCGACUCUGUAGAUGAGUAAGAAAUUUCAAAGAGUAUAAUGUAUAAUUUAUUUUAAUUAAACUUUACAAUCUAUUUUAAGAAGCUUCCUUAGGAAUAGAAAAACUUUAGGCCCAAGUAGUUAAAUAAUUAUUGGUAGUUACGUCUUACAUCAUCUCAUGUUUCCUGAAAUUGAAAUAUUGAAACGAUAUAUAAAUAAAAUUUAUAAUAUCUUUUGGCGAGGUGAGUUCGCGUAAUCGUUUUUGAGACUGUUUAAUUCAUUUAAAAAUUAUAAAAAAACGAAUUUAUUGUACCCUUCAUAAAUUUGUAAGAAAAAUUUAUCUUGAAAAUUGGUUAGAUACUUAAAUGAGAAUAAGAUAUAUUUGGAGAGGCUAAUACGGAAAGAUAACUUAAAUAUAUACUUAGAAUAGGUCCUUGCACGGAUCUUGAGGUACGAGAACUAAUACACGUGUUAUGGGCGGGUAGUUUGAUAUUAUUGUUAUUGGUACAAUCAAAUAUGACGCAACCUCCCCGCGCGCCGCCGCCAGUGAGACUCUAUGUUUAACUUCUGCGUACUCAUUUCCUCCGUUGAAGAUCGGUGCCGGGACCUAUAAAUAAUUAAAUUUAGUCAAUUUAGCCAGUGCCUAAAUUCCAAACUUAAUUAUUAGACAAAUAAUGUGUAUCAUUCAAUUAAUAUUCGCUAAUUAUUAUUGCAUGAAUGUGACGGUUAUAAUUUCGUAUUUAACUACAGCAAUCGUUUUUGUGUCAAGUUUAGCCCUUUACAGUUCCUUCAUUACAUGAUAGAAAAAUGUAUAUCUAUUUAUACUUACAUGGUAGCAACAACUUAUUUACAUAUUAAUUAUUAUUUAUAUCAAAUGAUGUUAAAUGAUUGAAAUUUAUUUAUAAAAAGCUAUUAUAUCAUCAAUUGGUGCUAAAUUAAACUUAAGAAAUGUCUCAUUUGAUGCGACAUCAAAUGUCCCUAAAUGUUAUUUGUUAAUAUUUUAUUUUCAAAGACAAAUAAUUUAUAUAAUAUUACUCGCCCCAUUUCGUUGGCUAUGACGAAUUGGAUCUUCUAUAUAUAUAUAUUAAUAUGAAGCAUGAAUGUGUAUUUUAUUUACAAAGACUAUAUUAUUUAUUUUAUUCUCACCGCGUGCAUAUUACAAAUAAUUAUAUUAUAUUAGAAGCACACUACGAAUAUUAUAGAGAUCUUCAGCUAAUUACAAAGUUAUAUUAUUGCUUCUUAAAGAUUUUAAUAUUACAGAUAAUAUAUAGAUAUAUUUGACGCAAAUGUUAUUUACUCUAUAAUAACUUUCCUUUACAGUAAGCAUGUGAAUUAAUAUUUAGCUGCCGUAGACGUGUUUCAUUAGUUUAUUGCUCUGUUUGCAGGGAACACAGAAAUUAGAGUUUUACAAUAAUUAAUAUUUAUGAUAUCGUUAUAAUUACAUUGCAUAUUUCAGAGGCAUGCACAUCGCAAUAGAUUAUAAUAUAUUUAAAUAAUAAAAUAGCGAUUGAUUUUAUUAUACCAUGAUUAUAUAGUAAAUAUUAUGUUGGACUCAGGGCUUCUCGGUUUCAGACUUAAUAUUUCCGAUAUAGAAUUCGCGUACAAGACUAGUGCGGAUAAAUAAUAUUAAAGCCAGAAAAGGCGUGUGAAAUAUAAUUACACAUUAUAGCAAUAUAUAAAGCCUAGUCUAAAACGCCUGUCUGAUACCGGCCUAUUAAAAAUGUAUUCAUGAAAAAAAGUAAAAAUAAUUUAAUAUAUUUCGAUAAAUAACAUCCUUUUAUUACUUACACAACACGUCAGUGAAGGACUAGGAGUGUAAAUCGAGAAUGGUUCCUUAACACGAAAGACUAAAUCGACUUGGCCCAUGGACUUGCGUCCCGUGCCAUUAAAAAAAUACACAUUUUUUAAUUUACUUCAUAGACCAUGUAUGCUAGUCCUUCAGUCGAAAAAAAGACGAAAACAUGUUAGUGCUACAACUUUUUGUUGUUGUUAUUGGAGGCAGCGAUGCAGGUAUUUUUUUACUUGACAAAAUAUUAGCCAUGCUUAUUUAAGCCUUAUAAUUCACUGAUGAAAUGUAUAUUAUAUGGUUUGAGGGGAGGUAGUAUUUUUUUUAAAUUUUAAACUACCUGAUUUUGCGGCGUCACCAAAAUUUAAAUUUAUGUCUAGGAGGCCCUAGUCCAACGCUUUCUUUUUAUAAGGCAAUAAAUUUGUUAAAUUAAAACCUAAAUCUCAGUUGCUUUUAUGUUUGACUAGUCAAAUAUUCAUCAAUUCAACAUAUGCUGUGUCACAACUAUGAGACUGUAGAGAUGUCUUUGUUAUAAUUCCUCUCUUUGCAUCUCAUCUAUAAACUCAACUGAACAAGUAAACGGAUAAAUCAAGUUAUAAUUUAACAUGUAUUUCUUAUAUAUGCCUGAAAACAACCUUUUGUUAUUGGCUGGAGUUAACUGACAUUGACAACUUAUACAGCUGACAAGUGAACAUUGACCAAUCAAACUUAUUAUCAACAGGGGUUUGGGUUAAAAUAUAUAAAGAGUAUUUAUAUAAUAUAUUUACAUGUAUUCUAUUAGACCGAGUCUCAGAAGACAUUUUAUGUUUUACAUAUUGUAGUUGUUAGCCAAAUGUUGAUUCCAUUUUCGUUAUUCGCACUUAGACCAUAGAGAAGGUAAACUGUAAUAGAAUUAUUAUAACUUAGCAUUGAAAGUUACACGAAUAGAUAUAUAAUGUUAAUGGAAUGAAACAAAAUACAAUCGUAUACAAUAACAUGUUAAUUACUAUUUUUAGAAUCUUUAAAGAAAAAUAAAAGUUACAUCAAAAAAUAUCUAAUGUUUAAUUGAUGUUAUUUUUCGAUAACUUUUUUUUUGUUUUGCGUUAUUGUUUUUGUUUAUACCUCUUAUGUUACUACAGAAUUUUUAUUAAACUGUUCUCUACUUACUAAUAUGUUAACUAUUUAAAAGCGUUAUAAAUUAUUCUCUUUAACGAUGAAUACGGGUUUACUUAUAAAACUUGUAAUAAUUAUAAUUUAAAAUAACCAAAAACAAGAGAUGCAGACUAUAUUUCAGUAAAUACUCUUUGGUAUAAUGGAAACGCGUUUAAUUUAAACAAGUUUUAUAAGUUGUCUCUAUAUGCUUAAUAAAAAAUAGUGAUAAAUACCGGCAACGACAUAAAAAUAAAUAAUUAAUAGAUUAAUUAUAAGUAGCGAAGUAACAACACGGGUUAUUAGUAAAGAUUAAUUUAAGUUAUUGAUAAUAAUAGUUUAUAGUGUUGGAGUGAAUUUUACUAUUCUAUAAAGAGAACAUAGUAGUCGUGAAGAGGACUGAUCAGGUAGGUAAAAUAUCAAAUAAAAAAAUCACUUAGAUUGUGUGUUUAGAUGUUAUUAGCUAGAUGCUUAGAUCAUUUAUACGUCUAUAUAAGCUGAGACAUAAAUUGAGGUUGACUGUUAACCUCUAUUUUGAACAAUGCAUGCACACUAAUACAAAAUGACAUACAAAUCGCGUGUGUAUGACGACGUAACACUAAAGUAAUAAAAAUGGCCUGUUUCCAUUGGUUGUUUAGUAGCAAGAGGAUUUAUGUAGACGUAUAAAUUGUUUAAGGCUAGAUAUUAUGUAUGUGCUUUCAAUGUUGCUCAAGUUGACACUAAAAUAGUAUUUCGUUCAGUACAAAUCAUCGCUUUUUUUUUAAUUUAUAGAUAUUCAUUGAGGCUAAACUUUUAGUUACGUUAUUAUUAUUUUUCAUUCGAUGGCAACUAAUGUCUUUGGAUUUCGAGAGCAAAGGCUUACUCACAUACAGCCCACCAUAUGUGAUCUAGCUAAUAUUGUUUAUUUUUUUUUAUUAAUCUAUCUACAGUACUUGCCGUUACAGUUCCAAAUGCAAACUUGAGUCCUAUAUUAAACAUAGUAGAAACUUUACUUAUUGUUAUUUUUUAAUUUAUUAUUCUAGAUUUAUAAUUUUAAUGUGUUUGUUUCUCAUGCAGCCUGUUCUUAUUAGAUGUAGUAUGUGUUUAAAUUAAUUUCAUUAGGAGAUAUAUUAAUUCAUUAAUUGGAUUUAUUUUUGUUUCUAGAUUGGUAUAUUUAUUUAAGACCCUUGAUCGGGCGAGUUUGUGAUUUUAUGAACGAGCGUAGAUGUACUUGGUGCUAUUUGUUUUUGACAAUAAUUAUGUUUUAAGUGACAAACUCGUCCAACUUAGUUCAAUAUUAUUUUGUUUCAUGCUGUAAUUAUUUUCUCAUUGAACAAAUAAAUUUUAUUAUAUUUUA